AUGGGUCUGCAGGAGAAUGUAAAGACUGAUCUAAGGCUACGAAACCUGAGUGAGUGCUACUGCUAAGAUCUGAAAGAAGGGAGCCAGAAUGCUAAGAGUGUGAACCAGCGAUCUAUGCGCAGUGGUGAUUUGCCCCAUCGACCAAGUUGCUUAAUGGGUGAGGUUUCUAAUGCAUGCAACAGGAUGUCCACAGUUGCAGCGACGUCACUGUACCUGAUAGGCGUACCUUUACUGGUUGCAUACCUCUUCCAUGUAUCAGAUGUCGCAGCAUCAGCAUGGUAUCUCGUUGAGUCCUUGGUGCGCGCUCUUCUCUUCCCGCUUGCUCCCCUAGCUUUGGAGCUCCCUCACUAUGUCCGCCGCACCCCGUUCCUGUAUCUCGGUAUGGCAUCGUGGGUUGUGUUCAUCACACACGUCGCCAUUAGCGACUUCAUGUAUCCUCCAGGCAGCAUCGAGCUUGAUCUCUGGUUCAGAGAGUUUGUGGAGCUGUCACUUCUCAAUGUGACUAUGUACCUGGCGUGCUCCAGCAUCUUUUCCGCGCAUGUAACCCGGAGCCCUUCUGACUUCAAGAUACGAAUCGCAGUGGACAUACUCUGCUGUGUACAUCUCACGGUUGGGUGGUUUGAGCCAGUGCCAAUGGGUUAUGAAGCCGGGCAGAAUGUACGAAUUUUCUAUCUCGUCGUAGCAGGCAUGUUUGCAAUCGCUGCGUUUUUAUGCGCUGCAGCCUGGGUAAAGCGGCACCGUUGGGUAUACAGUGUGGCCCUUGGGGGGACCGCUAUCGAACCGAUGGUCUUGACAGUACCUGUGGGAGCUCCGAGAAAUCAGUCUGUUCGAGGUGAGGCCAGGGAAGGUGCCAUUCGUCUAGUGUAG